GCAUUGUCUUCACAAUUUACUGCCGGAGCUUUAAUAUCAAGUCUCACCGCGCUCUGCUUUUCCCUCCAGGCCGGCGUCAUGUGUCCUCCACCGCAGUGACUAAAUAUGGGCUUCCUCCCUCCCAAAUAUGGACAUCUACGUCACAGAGAGAGGGUUUAUAAGCGGCGGGAAACCUUUCGGCUCAGAGACAGCCCUGAGAGCUCGCAAGAGCAACUGUUAGAGCAGAUAGGGAAACACAUAGACCUCCCAAACAUCACGCCAAAAGUAAAAAGUCAACAAACAACAUCAAAUCCAAGAGGGUUAAUACCCGACUGGAAAAAAUCGUUUAUUAUAUAUAUACAUAUAUAUCAACCAAGCUAUAUGUAUUCAUUUACUUUCGCAAAUGAGUAAAAAGGACACUUUUGAUUUUUUCUAAAAAACAAAGAAAGACACGUGGAUCUUUUGCUCAUCUCUGAGAGAGACGGAAAACUAAAGGACAAGUGGAGCACAAGAGGGAAGAGCACAGCAUCUUCCUUGGUGUCAGCAGACGGGGUGUGCAGCUCUUCCCACCAGAGUGCAGCAGCCAACCUACCGGCACUCUUCCUCGGCCACCAGCCUCCAGCCUCAGCCCUGCAGCAGCGGCAGCAGCUCCAACAGCACCAGCAGAGGAUGGCUGCAGCCAAGACCGAGAUGAUCCUCCCGGCCCUGCAGAUCUCUGAGCCCCUGAGCUUCCCUCACUCCCCCAUGGAUAACUACCCCAAGCUGGAGGAGGUGAUGAUGCUCAGCUCUGCAGGGACACCCUUCCUCACAGCCUCCGCGCCCGAAGGGGCCGGCUUCGGUUCCGGCGAGCCAGGAGAGCAGUAUGACCACCUUGCUGGAGACACACUCCCUGACAUCCCCUUCAACUGUGAGAAGUCAGUAGGGGAUCAGACGUACCCCACCCCACGGCUGCCCCCCAUCUCCUACACGGGUCGCUUCACCCUUGAACCCGCCACCACCUGCAGCAACAGCCUCUGGGCGGAGCCUAUUUUGGGCCUGUUCACGGGUCUGAUGAGCAACAUUCCGGCGAGCUCCAGCUCUGCGUCCGCCACCUCACAGAGCACCUCAUCGUCCUCUUCAUCUGCCCCGACGUCCGCCUCUUCCCCCGCUUCUAGCUCCUCCUCAUCGCAGAGCUCCAGCCUCACGUCCUCCAUUCACCACACCGAGCCCAACCCCAUCUACUCUGCCGCUCCGACCUACUCUAACCCCAACUCAGACAUCUUCCCAGACCAGGGCCAAGCCUUCACUGGCUCCAAUGGAGGCGCGCAGUACCCUCCCCCCGCCUACCCUAACGGCAAGACCUGCAGCACAAGCUUCCCUGUGCCCAUGAUUCCUGACUACUUGUUCCCACAGCAGCAGGGAGAGAUCAGCCUGGUGCCCCCUGACCAAAAGCCAUUCCAGAGUCAGUCAAGCCAGCCCUCUCUCACCCCUCUUUCCACCAUCAAGGCCUUUGCUACACAGACAGGUUCUCAAGACCUAAAGAGCGUCUAUCAGUCUCAGCUGAUCAAGCCCAGCCGCAUGCGCAAGUACCCCACCCGGCCGAGCAAGACCCCCCCACACGAGAGGCCCUAUGCUUGCCCGGUAGAGACCUGCGAUCGCCGCUUCUCCCGCUCGGACGAGCUCACACGCCACAUCCGCAUCCACACGGGCCAGAAGCCCUUCCAGUGCCGCAUCUGCAUGCGCAACUUCAGCCGCAGCGACCAUCUGACGACGCACAUCCGCACUCACACGGGCGAGAAGCCCUUUGCCUGCGAGAUCUGCGGGCGCAAGUUUGCUCGCAGCGACGAGAGAAAGAGGCACACAAAGAUCCACCUGCGGCAGAAGGACAAGAAGGCAGACAAAGCGGGGGCCGGGGCAGUGCCCGUGUCAGCCCCCGUGUCGGCCGCCUCGCCUGCCUCAAGCUACCCCUCGCCCAUCACCUCAUACCCCUCCCCAGUGUCUUCUUACCCGUCCCCCGUCACAUCCUGCUACUCUUCUCCAGCUCACACUUCCUAUCCAUCUCCGUCCAUUGCCACCACCUAUCCGUCAGUGUCCAUGUCGAGCACCUUCCAGUCCCAGGUAGCUUCUCCCUUCCCCUCUUCAGUCGUCUCCAACAUCUACAGCUCCCCUGUGCCCACCCCGCUAUCAGACCUGCAGACGACUCUCUCCCCAAGGACAAUUGAGAUCUGCUAAGUUUCCUUCCAUAAGGGUAUUUGAAGAGAUGAACAUCAGCAUCUAAAGACUGUUGUCCCCCUUUUGAAUAAUAAAAGAAGCACUUUUGUGACAGCUCUCAGCAGUGUUGGGUCAAUCCUGAGGUUUAUCCACAAGAGAGAAAAGGACACAUGUCAAGGACUGGGCAAGGUUUUUUUCCUGUCUGCCCCAGCUCUGAAAAACACAUGCAGCACUUCAAAUGCAUAAAGGACUAAAUGAUGGCUCUCUUCCAUCAGGUACACACAAAAGGAAAACACAGAGAAGGUGAAGAUUGCCAGCAGCUGCAAUGCUCAAGCACGCCCGCCCUUGCCGCCGGCAUGCAUACAGUACAAGAGACAAUGACUAAUAUACAUAAGCUACCAUAUAUGUAUAUUGUACACGUGCCAUGUUUUGUUCCUAUCAUUCUUCGGUAUUGAUGUGAACAAUGAUUUGCAUAUUUGCAUUGUAUUAUUUGAAGUGAGCAGGGCCAUAUUUUCUACAAACAUUCUCUAUUAUGUAGUGAUGAUGCUGUGAUACCUUUUCUUUGGAAAAAGACAAAAAAAAGCACUUACGUAUUCAAGCAUGAGUAGGCGUGUUGUUAGUUUCUGUUUGUAAAUAUCAUCCACUGGUACUCUUUUUCUCUCUUUCUCACAUGUGACAUAUCGCUCAGUUAUAUGGAAAAACAGAGAAAAGAAAAAGAAAAGAGCAUUUCCCCCCUCCCCUCAAAAAACUAAAAAAAAAAAAAAAGGGACAAUUGCUCCGUUAUUUGGUGCCUUUUGUGAAGCCUUGCUGAUGUCGUGAAUCGGCUGCGUGCGUGAGAGAGGAUGCUCUGCAUCUCGCCUUAAAGACUGAGGGAAUAUUUUUGUUACAGAAUGUAAGUCACAACGAAGGGAGAAAAAGGGAUGAGGGCACUGCUUCAUUUGAUUAGAAUGUAAGCAAAAAAAAAAGAGAACAUUUUAAAGUAUAUUUUUAUAAGUGUAAAUAUCCACAUCUUUAAGAGCCGGAAUGUUGAAGUUACCUACUGAGUAGGCAUGGGAUUCUUUUGUAUGUUCUAUACAUGCAGUUCAUUAUUUUGUUGUUAUCUUUAUUUUGUAUUUGUGUUUGUUAAAACAAGUGACUGUUCCUGGCUUCUGAACACAAUGAAUGCGCUUAACUGCCAAUGGGAUAUUUGGUGUACACGAUAUCCUCCCAGAAAUUAAAUAUAAAUAAAAAUGUGAA